AUGGAGGACGAGAAUAAUGCUAGCGCUCACAUUGAGAACAGCAAUGCAGAAGCUGCAAACAAUGUAAAUUCUGUUUUCGUCAAGAUGCCUUUUCCUCAACUACACACGGUUACAAACAUUGAAAUGUUUUUUACAAAGCUAGAAAGUUGGUUUCUUUUACAAGGCAUAGGCUUACGAAAGGAACACGAGAAGUACGCAGCCGUCAUCACAUAUGCGGAUCCCAAAUACUUAGAUCAAGUUCACGAUCUUGUUCAAAACGAGCCUCAAACAAAUCCAUACACUACACUCAAACAAGCCAUCCUGGCAAAGUUCGCUGAGUCAGAGAUCACACGCCUCGACAAACUUGCCACUGGCAUUCAACUUGGUGAUGGACGUCCAAGCCAUCUCCUCAGCCAACUACAGCAAACCAACGCUACUAACGACGAAUCAGUUGUACGUCGAUAUUGGAUUAAACGCCUACCUCCUGCAGCUCGCGCUGUCAUCGCAGGUAUUCUUGAGACUUCCCCGAAUACAACACUAUCGCAACUUGCAACAGCCGCUGACGCCGUAAUGGAUACACUAAGUUAUACUUCAUGUGAUAACGUCGCAGUGCUUUCCCGUAACAACACUGCAACUGAGCAUCAAAUGGACAACCGCAUCAGUACGAUAGAAAAACGUCUGGAUGCCCAGGACAUAAUGUUUCAAAACAUCAAUACAAAACUUGGUCAGCUGCUCAACAGCAAUAAAAACGACGGAAAUCGACGCACUCGCAGUCGCAAUCGAUCACAAACCAACCGCAGCAAUGCACCGAACGCACAGGCCGAUUCAAACCAAAAUUGCUGGUAUCAUAACAAGUAUGGCUGCAGUGCCCAACACUGCAUUGCACCAUGUUCCUUUAAUCGAAAAAACACCAACAACCAAAAAAACUAG